AUGUUUGAGUCAGUCAAAAUAAGAAGACAGUGCAUGCUGGAUUUCUACCUGCAUUAUGAACAUCUUUGUGCUCUUCAGGGCUCUGUCCCACUGAAAGCUGUGAAGGCCAACCUGGCUCAGGGUGCUCUUGAUCUAACUGUAGAUAGCAUCAGAGCUGCUGACUGGGCACCACUCCUGAAUGCUAUACGGCAUAAUAAAACUCUGACUUCUAUUGGGAUAAGGAGUUUUCAUCAGCAGGGUCUUGGAGAAUCAGGUUUACAUGAAAGGUAUAGAACUUACUUUAGAAGGAGAAUUCCAGCAGUUCGAUCAAGAGAGUUGACUGGCCAACUAUGCAAAGCUAUCAAAGGCUGUCUUGGUGUAUCAGAUGCACUAAAAAAUUUAGAACUGCAGGGUUUGCUUCUGAGGGAGAGAGACCUAAUACUUUUAACAAAGGGCCUGGCCACAGCUCUGUGUCUGGAGAGUGUCUCCUUGGCCCACUGUCCAAUUGGUGAUGGAGGAUUAGAAACAAUCUGUCAGAGUGUUAAGAAUUCUGCUGUUAUCAAAUGUGUAAACUUCACAGGAUGUAGCCUCACAUGGCGAGGAGCAGAACAUAUGGCAAAAGUAUUAAAGCACCAGGCCAUGAGGAGACACAGCGAGGCCUGGGCUGGGAGCCUGCGCUACAGGUGGCCUGACCUCGACUACAUGACUGGCUUGAGGCGGGUUACGUUCAACGGCAACAUGCUUGUUGGGGACAGGGGAGCAAGUGCCUUUGCAGAGUGUCUAGCAGAGGACCUUUGGCUGAAAGCACUUGAUUUACAGCAGUGUGGAAUAUCUGAUGAAGGAGCAAGGCUAUUAUUAGAUGCUCUUCAAGCUAAUACAACAUUAGUAGUACUUGACAUAAGGAAAAAUCCAUUAAUUGAUCGCGUAAUGAUGAAAAACAUUAUUGAAAGAGUUAUUACCAAUGGAAGUAGUGCUAAUUCAGAGUAUAUGUGGCUGACCUCUCCGUCUUCCAAGGAUGCUUUGAAAACUAGACCAAAGAAGAGAACUAUUGUCCUGGGAAGUGGUCGAAAAGGAAAAGCUACGAUUCGCAUUGGACUACCAUCUAAAAAGUCUGUAAGUCCUGGGAAAAAAAAUCUGUCUGUGAAAGAUGGUUAUUCACCAAAACCACUACCGCCGGGCGCAAAAGGGUUCCUUCCCUGGCGCACUGCAGAACGUGCAAAGAGAUGCAGAGGAGGGCCAGUGGAUAGCACUGAAGAAUUACCACUAAAGAUUCAGACAGGUAUUCCUGUGAAAGUGACAGUAGAAAGCACUUCUACAUCUGAAACUGAAGACACGGGAUAUAUAGAUGAUUCCGUCCAUCAUUCUGGUGUGGCAAAGUCAUUAGAUAAGAUUAACGUAACAAAGUAUCAGCAGUUACAGGGGCUUCAACACUUCUCAAAUGAGAGUGUUAAAGCACUGUCUGGAAACAUGGAAUUCCACAUCAUGUGCAUAUUGCACCAGAAGCUUCUGUGCAGCAG